UAAAGGGCAAUGAAAAGGGCGAUACAUGGCAGUACAUGGCGCUCAAUGGCGCUCAAUGGCGGUACAUGGCGGUACAUGGCGAUACAUGGCGAUACAUGGCGGUACAUGGCGAUACAUGGCGGUACAUGGCGCUCAAUGGCGGUACAUGGCGCUGUACCGGACGGCGGGGUCCGGUGCUGGGGGCGGUGCCGGGGCGGUUCCCGCCGCUCCGUGCUGCUCUGCACGCGCCACCGGCCGCUGCCCGCACGUAGGCGCCGCUUAAAGGGGCGAUGGCGGCGGGCGGCGCCGCGCGGUCCCGGCGGGAGGAGCCGGGGCCCUUUUAAGGCGCGGGGCCGCCGGGUUUAUUUACAUGGGGGCUCGCGGCCGUCACGUGACUGGAACAGCCGCGGCAUCGGGCGGGAGAGCGGCGGGAAACGGGGACAUGGCGGGAGGCGGAGAACGAGGAUCCCGGACGGAGCCGCGCUGCGACCCCGCGCCUCCAUUGUGUCAGCGCGACGUGGAGCGGAUGCUGCUGGACGCGCAGAUGGAGCCGGACGGCAACGACGGCCCCCGCCGGGACGGGACGAAGCGCCGCGGAACCGCCCGGAUCCCGCCGAGCCGCGGGACGCCCCGCAGGACAACGAGAGAAACGAGCGGAGACCGGGCACAGCGCUGAGACACAGCGAGCAGCGCUGUGCAAAGGACCCCGUCCCGUUCCCGUGUCGCCCCCCCCCGGUGCGGUGGGCGCUGCGGGACGGCGCGGUGCUGCGCAGGAAGGGGCCGUUCAGCUCCGAGCUGCUGCUGCUCGUCAUCCCGCCGCUGCUGCUCAGCCACGUGCUGACACUGGGUUUGGGGAUUUACAUCGGGAAGCGGUUGGCGGCCGCCUCGGCGAACCCGCUGUGAGCGCCGGGCCCGGCGGGAGCGGCCUCCGUUCAGCGCUGCGGGCGGGGGCAGCCCGGUGCUCGGCUGCGGCGGCGCCGUUAACCCCCGUCGCCCCCCCCGUCCCUUCCUCGCCCCACCGGAGCCACCGCUGCGGGCGGCCCCGCUCCGCCCCCCGGGCUCCUCCCGUUCUUACGGCCCGGAGCGCGCGGGGCCGCGUGGAAAUAAAGAGCGGAGCCACGAGCGGUCAGCGCCCGCCGGGACCCGCAGUGCGGAGCCGGGGCCGGCGCCGAACCGACCGACCGACCGCACGGACGGCU